CCAGUGCGGCCGGCGGGCGGUGCCCAGCAGACCCUGCACCUGACUGCGAGGCGCGGGAAAUGACCGGGUGUCUCUGUCAGCCUCCUAGCGCGGCUUCCGUCUGCAGGUCAGGAUGGCUAACUGGCUGGCUCCCUACGUGGUGCCCUACGUCUACAUUACACCUUAAAGAAGCUGAAGAGAAGAUGUUAAAAUGUGUCCCUUGCACAUACAAAAAAGAACCUGUUCGUAUAUCUAAUGGAAAUAAAAUAUGGACACUGAAGUUCUCUCAUAAUAUUUCAAAUAAGACUCCACUUGUCCUUCUACAUGGUUUUGGAGGAGGUCUUGGGCUCUGGGCACUGAAUUUUGGAGAUCUUUGCACCAACAGACCUGUCUAUGCUUUUGACCUAUUGGGUUUUGGACGAAGUAGUAGACCCAGGUUUGACAGUGACGCAGAAGAAGUGGAGAAUCAGUUUGUGGAAUCCAUUGAAGAGUGGAGAUGUGCCCUCGGAUUGGACAAAAUGAUCUUGCUUGGGCACAACCUAGGUGGAUUCUUGGCUGCUGCUUACUCGCUGAAGUACCCAUCAAGGGUUAAUCAUCUCAUUUUAGUGGAACCUUGGGGCUUCCCUGAACGACCAGACCUUGCUGAUCAAGACAGACCAAUUCCAGUUUGGAUCAGAGCCUUGGGAGCAGCAUUGACUCCCUUUAACCCUUUAGCUGGCCUAAGGAUUGCAGGACCCUUUGGUUUAAGUCUAGUGCAGCGUUUAAGGCCUGAUUUCAAACGGAAGUAUUCUUCAAUGUUCGAAGACGAUACUGUGACAGAAUACAUCUACCACUGUAAUGUACAGACUCCAAGUGGUGAGACAGCUUUCAAGAAUAUGACUAUUCCUUAUGGAUGGGCAAAAAGGCCAAUGCUCCAGCGAAUUGGUAAAAUGCACCCUGACAUUCCAGUUUCAGUGAUCUUUGGCGCCCGCUCCUGCAUAGAUGGCAAUUCUGGCACCAGCAUCCAGUCCUUACGACCACAUUCAUAUGUGAAGACAAUAGCUAUUCUUGGGGCAGGACAUUAUGUAUAUGCAGAUCAACCAGAAGAAUUCAACCAGAAAGUAAAGGAGAUCUGUGACACUGUGGACUGAACACACUGAAACUCUGAUGGGAAAACCUGGUUACUGAUACAGUUGUUCAGCAAUAAUUCAUAGUAUAUGCUGAAGAGUAAUGAAUACAACACAAGAACCAGGCAGCCUUCUUGACUAUACUUUGCACAUGUUUUCUUUAGGAAUUCACUCGCACAUUUAAACCAGUUAGUGCCUUCUAGAAGAAUGGCUUUCCUUUCUCCUACACAAAAUUAAAAUAUACAAGUCUCUAAAUUUAAUACCUUUAAAUAGAAGGUUAUUUGUCCCUCUCAUGUACUGAAAAACUAAUUUUUCAGCUGAAAAAUUUUUAUCUAAUUUUGCUAAUCAGUUACUUUUUAUAUUGCAAUCUAUAUUGCCAAUUUAGGAAGUGAUUUCUGAGUCUCUUACACUGUAAAGGUGCACUUUAUUUUCUUUGUCUUCCCCAUCAUGUAUUUAUUGUGUCUGAUGACUGAUAUUAAUCUAAAUUCAAUGUGUUUUUAUGUAAAAAAAUCUGUCAGUUGUUUAGAAUAUUUCACUUUGUUUUUGAAAUGGAGCAACAAGGCAGAGUUUUGGUUAAAGGAUGGGAGUUGAUCACUAUCAUUACUUUUUCUAGUUUACCUCUUUUUUAUAUUUAAGGCUGCUAAGCCAUGUUCAGCAUUUUAAAUGUGGUCUAUCCUGACAUACACAGUGUAUAACAACAUAACUCCUUGGAACCUCCUAUGUGUGGUAUGAUUCUACACUUCCAAGGAACAUGACUUUAAUACUUCAGUGAUUCAGGUACUGAAAAGCCUUAGCUGAAAGGCUGUUCUUUGUUUCUCCCUUUCAUACUAUUCUUUUCCAUGACCCAGGAUACAGCAAAUGAAACAAAUUUCUUCACUUAAGGGGAUAUUAAGACUGUUACUUCCUAGUAAGCUGAGUAAUGUCGUAUUUUUAUUAACAUCUAACUUUUGUAGAUGGGUGCUAAAAAUGCAUACAUUUUAACCACUAAAAUAGAAAAACAGGUGGUGCUAUUAUGUCUCAUGGCACCAGAAAUGAGCUAGCACUUGGGUUUGUUGUUGUUGUUGUUUAUUAAGAGUAUUGUGUUAAUUAAAUCAUUACAUACUUGAAGUUAUAUUACAAAAAUUCUAAAAGGUUGAUUGAACUAUUUUUUUAGGAACUACCAUCAAGUGUAGAAUUUUCUUGCAGUUUUAAAAUGAGGAAAACUUCUUUGAAACUGUGAAAAAGCUCCAUGUGGUAACUGGCUGCUGAGAAAACCCUUCACCAAAAAAAUAAAUAAAAAUUGAAUAGGAUUGUCAUCAAGAAGGCAUCUUUGGCUAACAUUGCUUGUCCAGGAGAAAGGUAGCUAUGUAAAUAAAAACAGUGAACUAGAG